UCGGAGGGAAAACAGACAUUUUCAUUCUCUGCUGUUUCUUUCUGUAGUUCUUCAGCUGCUUUGGUCUUAUGCUUUGUUUUGUUUUUAGGAGUCUAAUCAGAGAUGGGAUGUGGAAAUUCAUCACCAACCAUCAACACUGACAGCAGCUCUGCAGGUCGUGCCGAGUUUCCAUCAAAGCUAUCUGACGAGUCGGCAGAAGAAGACGACAAACGAAAGAACUAUGGAGGCGUUUAUGUCGGUUUACCUGCAGACCUGAGCAACAUCCCUCAAGUCCAGAUAGGAUCGCUGAGAGGUUUUAUCAGGAGUGGAUGUCUUUCUGUGUUGACGAACGUUGUGUUGCUGUGCAGAGACCGACAGAGACUCUCCGUCCCUCAGGAGGCCUCUAUGGGGAGACGGACUGUGACGAUAAUGAACAUCCAGGCCUGUGGCAGCUUGUGAGUGUCAACCUCCUCCAGAGUUGCUUCAUUAAUGAAGCUGUGUCAGCUGCUGUUGCUGCAUGUGUCAGCAGCAGGGUUGGAUUAGGAAGCGACUCAGUUCUGUAACGUGUCUAACAUCUACUGUCAUGUUCGGAGUGUGGAGUCUCAACUAAAAAAGGCUAAAACUACACUAUGAGGGAUGUUACGACACAUUACACAAAGAUAUUUGUUACGAAAUAUUACAUGAUCAGGUUUUUGUCGCUACGUAUUAUGGCACUGCGAUAUACAAUGGCGCAUCUCAUGACAUAUACAAUAACAUUUCGAAUGACAUACAAAACUAUGACAUUUUGGUAACAUUUCGGACGACAUAUUAAACUGACGUUUUUGCAAGAUUUUGGACGACAUACUAAACUAUGACGUUUUGGUCACAUAUUGGACAACAUACUAUACUAUGACAUUUUGGACGACAUACUCCCGACACCUGCAGGAGAGACGGAUGUUACAGCCAGCAAGAAGAGGAGGAGGAAGAGGAAGAAGAAGAAGAAGAAGAAAAACACAGCAGCAGCAGAGUGACAUUUAAAGCAGUUUAAACCAAAGAUGUUUCAUUUCACCCUCACUGUAUGACUCCUGGUUUUAGUUCUGUUCUAAACAAGCUGCUGCCUUAAAUGACUGAACUGCUUCUGUUCAGGAAGAAGACUCUCUCUGCAUCUGUGAUUAACAGAGUGGAGUAAAACAACGUGUGAGAUCAGGACUUUCUAUCACUUCUAACUUUCCCUCUAUAUUUUAUAUGGAAAUAUCAUAAAAGUCACAACACAGCUGUUGUUUGAAUUUGUGUUUCUAAAAUCAUCAGUUUAGUGGUGCAGAGCCGCAGUUCUGUAGCUGCCAAGAGAAGCAAUAAAAACAUGUUUUAGUAACAGCUUUAUUGUUAAUUCACCUUUAUUAAUGUGCAGCAUAGUCCCAUAUGAGAGCAGGAGAGAAGCUAACAGAUGAAAAAAACGAGUUUAUAUCGCACCUAAACACAACAGACAACAUGAAAUCACAGGGAUGGAUGGAUGGAUGGAUGGAUGGAUGGAUGG